GGCGGCGGCAGCCAUGGCGGGCGGGCGCGGGGGGCGGUGGGCGCCGGGGGCGCUGGCGGAGCCGCGGCGGCUGAUGCGGGGCGGGCUGGGGCUGAUCGUGCUGGGCCACGGCAGCCUGGUGCUGGGCGCCAUCGUCCAUGGCUCGGUCCUGCGGCACGUGGCCGGCGCCAGCCGCGCCGUCACCCCCGAGUACGCGGCGGCCAACGUGGUGUCGGUGGGCUCCGGGCUGCUGAGCAUCGCCGCGGGCAUCGUGGCCAUCCUGGUGUCGCAGAACCUGUCCCGGGCAGCGCUGCAUUGGACCCUGCUGAGCAUGUCCCUGUUGAACUGCCUCCUGUCCACAGCGUGCACUGUGGGCCUGGCGCUGGCCAUCGCCCUCACCGUUCACAGCCGGGGCAUGCACCUUGUCAGGGGCUGUGACAGCUCCGCGCUGCCUGAUGAUGCCCGUGCAGCCAUAGCGACCAACGACUGUCCUUUCAACACCACACGCAUCUACGACACGGCCCUGGCGCUCUGGUUCCCUGCCAUGCUGCUGGCAGCCGCAGAAGCUGUGCUGUCUGGCAGGUGCUGUUUGGUGGCCCUGAUCUUCCGGGGCAUUGGGCCCUGCGCACGUGGCUACAGCAAAGAGCAGCUGGCCGGGCCGAGUACAGUGAAGGAGGGUCCACCGCGUGAGAUGCAGCAACUCCUGGCUGAGACUCGUGCCUAGAGCUGGAGAGGUGGUGCUGCAGGAGGGCUGCCAUCAGCCAGGUGACGUUUCAGCUGCACUGUGCUCCUGCCCCAGAGGCAGGCGUGGGGAGGGUGGGCUGCAGGGGGAAGGGGUGCAUCUUCCUCCCCCCCAGACCCACCACCCCUCCUGGGACAAACCCCGCAGAUUCCAGACACGAGCUGCCAGGGGUCACCAGGCAGCCUUAGCCCAGCAGGCGCCAUGGGCCCCAGACACCCUCCCGUCCUCCCCCAAGGCCCUUGCUGGGACACCGAAGGCUCCAUUGGUGUUUUACAUGUGGUGAUGGGAGCAGGCGGAGGUGCUGGGGCCUGGCAACAGCCAGGGCUGUCCUGGUGCUGGUGGGCCUGCUGCAGGGCCAGCCGGCCAAAGAGGGGAAGGCGAACAACCCCUUUGUUGGGAGCCUGUGUUGUUUCUCUGGGUAAAUAAACUUUUAAUUUUCA